AUGGCCCAUACUGCCGUCGCCAACACUCGAGCAACACCUGUCACCACCACCGUUGUUACACAACACGACGACAAAUCCCCCGCCGACAUGACGCGAUCAGCUUCCGCAGAGCCUUCGAAGCCGGCCAAGCGCAAGGGCACCAGAAGCGUCUCUACCUUGACGCCGUCUCAGCUGGCGCGCAAGCGUGCCAACGACAGAGAAGCUCAGCGGGCCAUCAGAGCCAGGACAAAGGAGCACAUCGAGAGACUCGAGCGAGAGCUUGAGGAACUCAAGAGCGAACGCAACCGCGACCAAAGCCAGACCGUUCAGGAGCUCUUGCGCAAGAACAAGGCCCUUGAAGAGGAACUGUUCAAGCUCCGUGAGAGCGUGGGCAUUCCUAAUGGGCAGUCCUACCCAAACUCAGUAUACGACGACAACCUCAGUUCUAUCAGCGGGGCUGUCCCGAGUCCCAGAUCUUCACCAUUCCCAUCAAACGGUGAUUACAACGUGAUGCAAGAACUCGGCCCCUCGUAUGUGCCCAUGCCGGAUGCGUCAGAGUCAUGGGGCCCAGGCAUUCCCGUUUCCGUUCCCUCGACCGUUUCUAGUCCGUCAUCAUCGGCCAACACGGACGAGUACGGCGCAGGCUACAUCCCCACGAGUGUCCCCGCGCCGAUGAUGGACGCCCGUAGCAUCCCGUCCAAGAUGGAGUACGACGACGUCGACUCUGUCAUACCUCCCUCACCAGCAGUCGUGGAAUUCGUAUCCAACCCCGGUGUACUACCAACAACCGUCGGCCCAUUGAUCCGCCAGCCAGGCACCACACUCUGGGAGAUUCCGACACUCAUCGUCCCGCCCACUUGUCGAAUCGACCAGCUGUUGGUUGGCUUCAUCCAGGAUUGCCGCCGACUGUCCCAGCUCAAACCCCUUGACUCGCUCCUCCGGCCUGCCAGGGUCAACAUGAAGAAUUUCCUCGAAUACCAUCCUGCUUCACCUACCAACUCACCCCCACGAUGCCAGCUAGCCGACCUCGACCGUGCCGCUUCCAACUCUGCCGCGGCUUCCGGUGCCAACCAUCCCAUGGCCGAGCUCAUUACCGCCCUCGUCAAUAAGGCCGGCGUGACCAACGUCAUUGAACGCCUCGCCGUCUUUGCGGUCAUCCAGCGGGCUGUUGCUUGGCUGGUGCAUCCGACGCGUGAGGCAUACAUGGCCAUGGUACAAGAACUCACGCCCAAGCCGAUUCAGACGGCCAUCCCGCACCCGCAGUGGGUUGACCUAAUCCUCUGGGCCCCCCUACGCACUGCCAUCAUCGAGCGGCAGGAUGCAUACGCCAACGAAGAAUUUCAGGCCGUUUACUCGUCUAGUCUGAGGCUCAUCAACUGGCCGUGCCGACCAAUCGAUGCCCUUGUCGUCGACCCACAGUCUGGAGAGAUGUGGCUGAGCGACACCUUCACAGCCCACGCCAUGCGCGUCGAAAACUGGCGUCUCAAUGAGAACUUCGUCAGACGCUACCCUGAACUCCGUGGCUGCGUUGCCGUCGAAGGGUCAUAG